AUGACAAGAUCAAAGAAAAAUUUUAUUAAUAAAGAUCGUACGAAAGACAUUAAUAUUAAUCAUAGAACAAGAAAAUUGGUUAAAUGUAAUUGUAUAUUGCAUUGCCAUAGUAGUAAAUGGGUUGAUCCUAAAACAUUUAAAAGAUAUCAGCAAGAAAUAGAUCAGUUUUGUGCUAUUACUUCUGGAUCUCAGGAUUCUUCUCAAUUAAAGAGUAUCAAGAGCAAACCGGUUGAUAAUAUUGAAUGUGAAUCAGUUCUAACUAAAGAAGAUAGUAAAGAAGAUAGUGAAGAAGAUUUUAACGUAAUGAUUGAUAAGGAUUCUACAGAAGAUAAUAGUUAG